CCUGUAGAGACAUUCCAGUUGCAUUGUGGGAAAUGCAGUAAAAUCCCUAAAAACAGUGUGUUACAAAACCUAAACACCAGCGUGCUCUUGUAACUGGUUGUAUAAAAAGGAAAGACGACAACACUUUCAUAAUUGGACUGUUUAAAGGCUAGCCCCGUCGUCUGCUCUUUUUUUUUUCGGUUAGCUUAGCUUAUAAAAAACAUCACUUCAAGUUGUAUUCAUUCAUUGUAUGUUGCGCUGCAUUUGGAGGAGCUCCACUUUCUCCUCUGCUCCAAGGCGAUUCAAGAGGCUUGUUACCCACAGCAAUCAAUUAUCCACUUCACUGUUCUCCCCCCUGAGACCCAAGCCCUUAAUAAGUGAAACCAUCAUGUCAGACAAAAAACGCAAGGCAUCAUCUGCAGCUGCAAAGUCCAGUGCUAAACAGAUGAAGUUGGUUCCCAUGAAGGAGGAGGAGAAGAAGGGGAGAGCCGGGGGAUGGCUGCAGGAAGUAAUACAGCAGCAGAGGAUAGAAAAGAAGGAGAUGAAAUUCAACAAAAAGCGCCUUCGCUUUAUAUCUGACACUAAGAAGAUUAAGCAGGGCUCUGAGGGUGUCCUGUACUGGAUGACAAGAGACUACAGAGUACAGGAUAAUUGGGCACUGAUCCAUGCCCAGCAGCUUGCUUUGAAGGAGAAUCUUCCUCUGCACGUCUGUGUCUGCCUGUUUGUUCCAAAAUCAGAACUGUCCACCCUGAGACAUUACAGUUUCCUGCUGAAAGGUCUGGAAGAAAUUGCAAAGGAAUGUAAAACCUUAGACAUCCAGUUCCACUUGCUGCAUGGGACGGCGGGGGACGUUCUCCCUGGAUUUGUGUCCGACCGCAGCCUGGGGGCCGUGGUGACGGACUUCUCCCCCCUCAGAGAACAACUAAAGUGUCUGGAAGACAUUAAAAAGGCUCUUCCAAAGGACAUUCCCCUCGUACAGGUUGAUACGCACAAUAUUGUUCCCUGCUGGGUAGCAUCACCUAAACUUGAGUACGCCGCCAGGACGAUUAGAGGGAAAAUCACAAAGCUUUUGCCAGAGUUCCUCACAGACUUUCCUCCGGUAGAGAAACACCCCUACACGGCCACAAGAACCGCCAAACCAGUAGACUGGGAGGAAACCCUGGCCUCCCUGCAGGUCGACCGAACAGUAGGAGAGCCGGAGUGGGCAAAGCCAGGCACCAAGGGAGGGAUGGCCAUGUUAGAGUCCUUCAUUGAUGUACGCCUUAAACAGUUUGACACCAAACGCAAUGACCCAAAUGCUGCUGCGCUCAGCCAGCUGUCCCCAUGGAUCCGCUUCGGCCACCUGUCAGCCCAGCGUGUAGCGCUGCAGGUACAGCACAGUGGGAAGUCUGCAGGUCAUACUGUCGCCUCCUUCAUCGAGGAGCUGGUGGUGCGCCGAGAGCUGACUGACAACUUCUGCUUCUACAACGAGAAAUACGACCGCGUGGAGGGUGCGUAUGAGUGGGCUCAGAAAACCUUGAAAGAUCACGCCAAAGACGAGAGGCCGUAUCUCUACACACGGGAGCAGCUGGAAAAAGCAAAGACACACGACAAACUCUGGAAUGGUGCUCAGUACCAAAUGGUCUCUGAGGGGAAGAUGCAUGGUUUCCUGAGGAUGUACUGGGCCAAAAAGAUCCUGGAGUGGACUACUUCACCAGAGGAGGCGCUCUCGAUCGCUCUGUACCUAAACGAUCGCUAUUCACUCGAUGGGAUGGACCCCAAUGGCUUUGUUGGUUGUAUGUGGUCUAUUUGUGGCAUCCAUGACCAGGGCUGGGCAGAGAGACCCGUUUUCGGAAAGAUCCGCUACAUGAACUACAAAGGCUGCCUGCGGAAAUUUGACGUAGCCCAGUUUGAGAGAAAGUACUGUCCCAAAAACCUUUGAAGCAUUAAAGUGUUUGAAGAACAGCAAUAAAAUGCCUGACAGUGAAUAUCUCCGGCACCUCUACCUCGGGGAGCAGCCUUUCCUGCAGAGGAUGUUUUGUUGUUCACUGCCUGUGAUGUUGUGUUGUCCAAAACAUUAUUUUUUACUUGGGCUGUUUUUUAUUGAAUAUUCAGACAUAUUGUUUAUGUUUAUCAGGACUAGUCGUAUACUGUGUUGCUUAAUUAACAUCAGAUUAUAAUCUCUGGUGCCUAUUUAGCACAAAGAGCUGUUUACUCUGUUUUAUGUUGCUUUUUUAUAGCUGUUACUACUUUUGGUUCUUUAAUGUUAAUUAAAUCGUAUUUUACAUAAAAGAUAGCUGUUUGGUCUUGUUUUUUUAACAGCUGAUUCUACUUGAUGUCCUUUUGGAGGAAGUUGGAUGAUUUAACUUUAGCCCUAAUUUUUAUUUUUCUCUUUAUUAUUCAGUUAUCCAGCUGUAAUUAAUCUGUAAAACCUGAAAUACAGCAUAUGUUGCCUUUUAA